CUCAGGUGGGGUACAGUGGACUCCAAAUUUACCAAAGAGGCAGUCAAGAGAGCAGGCGUGAAACAGCAGCAGUAGGUUUAUUUCUGUGUUCACACUGAAGAAAUCAGGAAGAGGAAGCUCUGAUGUCUUUAAGGGCGAAGGGGUGAGGUGCAAUUGUUUUUAUCAGACACCAUGAAGCCUGCAUCAGUCUCUCUGCUCCUCGGUGUGGAUAUGCUGCUGCUGUCUGUGCUCACAGUUUCUGCAGUGUUUCUGAAUGUCAGUCCAAACCGUCCUCAGUUCUUCCCAGGAGAGUCUGUGACUCUGACCUGUGAGGGGGUUCACAGCCCUGAUGGUUGGACCCUGAAGAGAAGAAAUUACAUAGAAAUAAAGAGCUGUGGUGAAGACUUUGGCCAGUUUGAUGGUUCCUCAUGCAUCAUCUCAGAUCUGAAAGCGAUGUCAUCUUACUGGUGUGAGGACAGAUCAGGACAGAAGAGUGACAAGCUCAACAUCUAUGUAUCAGAUCACGUGAUCCUAGAAAUGCCUGCUCUGCCAGUGAUGGCAGGAAGUAAUGUCACUUUGAGCUGCAGACCUCGUUAUGACAGUUACAGAGUCCGCUCCAUCAACAGGAAGAGUGAGUCUGACAGGGAGAGCUUCUCUGCAGUCCACACCAUCUACAAUGUGCAAAAGUCUGAUGAAGGCGUCUACAGCUGCAGUGUAAUUUACACUGAUAUGGUGAUGGUAUCAGGUCAUAGCAGGCUGACUGUUGCAGCUCCUCGUCCUGAUCCCACAUCUCCUUCUCCUCCUCUGUCUCUGUCUAUGCUCAGAGUCUUCUGCCAUCUGCUGGUUGUAGGUCUGUACUGCAUCUCCACCAUCCUGAUGCUGUUGAUCUGCUGUAGCAGGAACAGGAACUCAGGAGAGGAACCUGCCAUAUCCAUGUAUGAUGAUGUCACUGCUGAUGUCACCGCUGAUGUCACCACUGAGCAUGAGUUCUGAACAAAUCUGAAGGAGCUGCACUGUAACAUUUAUGUCUAAAUAUUUCCACAUGAAGCAUCAAGCUGACUGUUUUCUGUCUUGUCUGCUCGUGCCAGUAAAGCUUUGUGUGAAUUUGUCUCUGGCUGAUUGGAGUUUACUUUUAACUGGAAAGUUUGACCCAAAGCUUCUCUAAUCUGUCAUGUGACCUCUUGUGGCAACUAUCUGCAAUAUUCAAAGAGAUGGAAUCAAGU